AACAGCUGCUACAAAUCAAUUAUUUAUCUUUCUUCAAAGCAUACCGAUAAUAAUUCGUUGUGUUAAUUAUUCAGCCCAUUGACUUUUCAAGGUAAUAAUUUACUGAAUGUCAGAAAUCGCAACCAUUUCGAUUGGUAGAGCCGAUAGAGCAAGUAUGGCAUCGAAAGGAUCCUCGAAGGAAUUGGACAAAUCAUUCAACAUAGCUCGGAAGACUGCGUACCUGGUGGGAAUAAAUCAGUUUAUUCCGGAACGUGAAGUGAACAUCCGAUUCGUGGGUUCUGUCAUGUUGAUGACGUCCGUGUACCUUAUGAGCUUUUACACCUUGUGGGUAAAGCGAUCCGAUUGGCAAGGGAUUGCAGAAGUGUUGUUGGUUCUGUUGCUAGUAGUGCAAGGUACCAACAAAAUUUGGGUCGGAUUUGUACAUAAAUCGCGGUACUGUCAGUUGUUCAAAGACACAGCCGAAAUCUAUGCUCACUUCGAUGCGGAUGAGCGAAAUCGACCAAUUCUGAAGCGGACCGUCGACAUGUUGGCUUUUUCGCUCAGAGCAAUGGUCAUCCUGUACAUUACAGCGGGUGUUAUGAUGGUGUUAUUCGUCGUAUUGGUGACGCUGAUAACCGGUGAAAAAUUUUUCUGUUUCACACUGUUCAUACCGUUCGUCGAUCACACCACGACUGUAGGAUACAUGAUUACAAGUGGCAUACAUAUGAUCUUAGUAGUAUUAUGGUUAAAUGGCUAUCUCGCUUCGGAUACGAACUUCAUGGCCAAUGUGAUGCCCAUCAUAGGAUACUCAAAUUCAUUUCGAAAUGAGAUCACCAAUUUCAACAUUUUUUUGAAAUACCAAAUAAAGGACGAAAAGCAGAUUGCCGAGAAAUUGGUUCAUAUUUGUCAGCUUCAUCAAAUGAUCGUCAAGUACGAAAUCAAUGCAAUAGAACACUUCAAAAGUGGUAACGUCAUCCAGAUUGGAUUUCAAGCAUGCACUAUACUGGCUACGGUUUUCAUGGGUUAUAUCUAUCAGUACUUGCAAGGGAUAGCCAUGAUGGUUGCCGUUUUAUUCGAGCUAACACAAUUCUGUGCCCUCGGUACAAUAAUAACAGCGAAGAAUGAGCAAAUGUGCAGAGAUAUAUAUGACAUCGACUGGCACUUGCUGAAGAAACCACAGCAACAUAUUGUGGCUUUUAUGUUGCAUCAAUCUCAAAUACCCAAGGAUCUCACCGCCGGUGGAUUCGCCCCAUUAAAUAUGACCACGUACGUACAGGUUCUCAAAACCAUCUAUACGUUUUUCACAAUGCUUAUCACAGUACUGGAAUAAAUAAUAGUGUGGAUUUUUAUGCAGCCCGAAAGCUGACCCAGAGUCACCCAAACAACGUUUGAUAUGUUUGUUUUAGCAACCUGAGGUCGCUCUAGAUCGGACUGCAACCGCGUAGUUUCGCACUGAAAAUUUUCUCGGGUCGCACCAGCCGAGCUUGUUUAUUUUUUAUUUUUUUCAUGAGUUGUUGUUUAGGGCGCGUACCACGUGUUCGUUUUACUCGGAGCCAGAGUAGCCCGCGUCUAGAUUCAAAAACGAAAACGGUAUUAGAUUUCCACCAAUGAUCUGCAAUACAAGUAGUCGCUUCUUCACUUCCCACAAAUUACUAUUCAAAGUGAAAGUUUUUAAAAAUCACCUACCUUCGAACAGAACAUCACACAAUAAAAGGCUUGCACGAAUCAACUAAACUACAUUUUUAUAUCUCAAUUCGAAAAUCCAAACAAUUUUUAGUAAAGAUUUUAUGACCGAAACUGAGAAUGUUCGCAGAUUCAGUAUAUCCACUAAAUUUAGUUUAUCGAAAUUGGAAAGUACCUUCUAUAGUUUUAUUAGGUUUAAAAUAGUUUAGAGAUUGUUUCUAAAGUUUAUACUCCGAAUUCAUUUCCGAACUCAU